AUGGCACCCGGAACCGACUCCCUCACAUAUUUUUUUGCUAAAGGCAACAAACUUGAAGAAGUAAACUCUAUUCUGUUUUCCGGACACAAAGCUGGCAAUGCGUAUUCGCAUUUUUCAAACUUCUACAUGGAAAGCUUCGAAGACGGCAGUGGGAUUACAUACAGUUGCGGAGAAGCAUACUUUCAGGCUGGCAAAGCUUGGCAGGUCCGGGACAUAGACAAAUUUGCCCAGAUCGCCCAUGCUAAGUCUGGUUACGACGCCAAGAGAUUAGGAAACGAGGUGAAAGGACUGGAUGUCGCUCGUUGGAACAAAAGUUCGUCGUAUGUGAUGAGAAAUGCGUUAUAUCACAAGUAUCGCAACAACCAAGCAAAGAGAGAGGACCUCAUCAAUACGGGUAACAAAUGUUUGGUAGAGGCCAAGGAUGACCUGGUUUGGGGUAGUGGAUUGAAAACCGCCGCGCUUACAUUGAGUACACCAAUAUCUCAGUGGCCUGGCGACAACAAAUUGGGUGAAGAGUUGAUGAGGGGUCGAGAAUACUUUAAAUCACUGCAGGAACAACCAAGAACUCUCGAUUCUGUUGAUAAGGCAGAUGAAUUUGCGCGGGAGACAAGUCAGGAAGAUCAUACCAUGACGGAGGAAACGAUAAUACUUCCAAAGAAUGAACACCCCAAGCGAUGCGAGAAAGGAAUUGUCGAUCCAUUCGAGGAGAUCGAAGUCUCAAAUGAAUCAAAUGAGAAAAAGAGAAAGUUCGACCAAACUUUAGAUAUCCUUGUAGAGAAAAACAAGGCUUUGUUGAAGAGAAUGAGAGCAGGUAAAGGCUCUGAGGAUUGA